GUUGUCGGUAUAAAGUUCGGUCGAGAGAGAGGGGGUGCGAUUUUCGGAAAGGGGUACGGAGAGCGGUGGCGUUUUAAGAGAGGGGAAUCGAGGGAUGGGGGAUUGGUUGUUGUGAUACACAAGGGGUGGGGUAACAGGACAAGCGAGACAGAAGAUUCUAGUUAUCGAGUCGAUAGUCGAGGUUGCUGA